UGGCCCCAUGCGCUGCACAUGCUGGCCCUCAUGUAUAGCAACAGACUGGAGGACGCCCGCUUCCUGUACAAACGCUGCCCCCCACAUGUGCGAGACUCCCAGCCGCAGCUGCAGGCCGCGUUCAGGGCCCUCCAGUUCCUGUGGCAGCGAGACUAUGCCGGAUUGUGGCCCCUACUACGCUCCGGCUGGGACCCCCACCAGGCGACCCUGGUCCGUGGCAUCGCCUCGAACCUGCGUGAGCAUGUGCUCCGGCUGGUGGCCACCGCCUACUCCACCAUUUCCCUCCAGGCCCUGGCCGGCGCGCUCGGGGCCACCCUCCCAGAGGCGCAGCAGGAGGCCGCAGCACAUGGCUGGGAGCUGACGAACGCCCCCAGCGGCGGAGCGUGGGUUAGGAUACCGCCAAAGGAGGCGGCCGGGGACCCUGUGGCGCCAGACGCGGCCACACUGCAGCGCCUGGCGAGUUACGUGCUCCAUCUGGAGGCCGCGUAG